AUGACACUGCUCCACGGUCUGAAGAUUUUCGGUAAACUGCGGGACAGAUCGAACGUGAGUGCCAUUUGGGACGAGGUUCUGGAAAGAGGUUGGUUGGACAAGUUCCGUGCCGCUGCACGGAUUGAUGCUGCCGCCGAGAUGGGCGACAUUGAGGAAGCUGCAGCCGUUCUUGAUCUAUUGCAGAACCGAAGCAUUCCAUGUGAUGAGUUGCAUUACACAUCCGCCAUCAAUGCGUGCAAAAACUCAUAUGACAAGAAACGCCAUGUCGCAGCCAUGUACUUCUUGAAAUCCAUGAUCGAGAAUGCAGUGCUUCCGGAUACUGUAACAUUUGGGAGUCUUAUGGGUUCACAUGGAUCGGCUCCAUUGGGAAAGAUUCAGCGACUGCUUUCGGAGAUGGACAAAUGCAGAAUUCCGCCCAACGCCCCCUUUGCGGAAGAGACGUUGGCAGCAAUUUUCCAAGGCAAGCUGCGAAACGCCUGGACGGUGGAUGAUGUUGCUGAACGCAUCGGGCAUGUCAGCUUGGAGCGGCUGCAGGUAGCACAUUCAGUGCUGGAAGACAUCAAAUCUCAGGGUGUGCAGCUGACUGGACUGGGCUCUGUCACCCAGCAGUAUUUGAGAGGGCGAGUCUUGCAGGACAUUCAAUCUUAA